UGCGCUUCGUCGUGAAUUGAUAACGGUACGCGCGGUUUCUCCGGCAUGUCUGUGCAUGAACAGUGCGAAGAAGCUCGUAAAGAUUUCUCCCGCGGUGUCCCGGUGUUCGUUUAGUUGGGCCUCGAUCGUCGGCGAGGAACGUUCCUUCGACGAGAGUAUUCAAGCCCUUUUCGUCGGCAAAAAAUAAUCAUUCAAACACGUGGUAUUGGAAUGGACCGAACUCGACUGGGCUACGUGACAGCAUUGGCUGUGGGUGCUGGAUCCGCAUUCUUCGUGUUUUGGUGGUUAUGGUCGCGCAAGCAGAAGGCUGGACCACCCUCAAAAUGGCGCAAAGUCGGUGAGAUCAGCGAUUUGAUGGUGUUUCCGGUCAAAUCGCUCGGCCCCAUAAGAGAAAAUUCGUUGGAGUGUACUCUCCUCGGACUCAAGUCCGGCUGGCUCCGGGAUCGUACGUUGAUGGUCAUCGAUCUCGAUGGAAAAUUCAAAACGGCGAGACAAUAUCCGAGGAUGGUGCAGAUAUCGCCGAGCGUGGCUGGAUCGGUAUUGACUCUCCGUGCGCCUGGCAUGAUGUCGAUAAGCAUUGAUUUGGCGCAUUUGAAGAGCAAAAAUUUCCAGGCUACCGUUUGGGGACAAUCGGUCACGGCCCGAGACUGCGGCGAAGAAAUAGCGCGCUGGCUGUCCCGUUUUCUUCUCCAAGAAGACGACGGUCUCAGACUCGUCUAUUAUCCGUUAGAUCGACCGUCGCGAGAAGUUCGAAAGAAUAACGAAGCUUUCCCCCUGAUCGAGCCCGCCGAUGCGGGCGCUUAUCCGGACGCGACAAGCUACAUGCUCAUCAACGAAGCGUCCAUUUCCGACCUCAAUACUCGCGUCGAAGAUCCCGUGACUCCACAACAUUUCCGACCCAAUUUCGUCGUCCGAGGGGCACCGGCACUCGAGGAAGACGAGUGGGAUUGGAUCAAAAUUGGAAGCGUCAUUUUUCGCAACGUCAAACCUUGUACUCGUUGCAUCUUCACCACAAUCGAUCCAGAGACUGCCGUCAAGCAUCCUAAAAUGGAACCCCUCAAAACUCUCAAAAAGUACCGACUGAUAGAGGAUCCUGUGCUGAGACCGUACACCGGGGACAGUCCGGUGAUGGGUAUCCAUUUGGGCCUGAAAGGGCCAAACGGAACGGUCCGAUUGGGGGAUCCGGUGUACGUUGGUGUGUCCGAGGUCACGGAGGAAGCUCCUUUGGUUUCGCCACCGUAGCUAAGACGUUGGGAUUCGUGCGAGUGUCACGCGAAUCCUGGCGAGUGCUCGUGGGCUUUCGGUAAAAGUAUGAGUCCCGAUUCCGGUGAGCCCGGUAAAUAAUCAACGAAUAACGAACUUAAUUACGACAUCGAAUGCCUCAACGAAUCACGUGAUUUCCAAUGAUAUAAACGAGCAUUUUUUUAUUAUUUUUAUAUAUAUAUAUAUAUAUCUAUAUAACUCCAGUUCGAUUAUACAAAUAAAUAUAUAUUUAUACACCCCA